ACAAACUCAUACGUAUGGUGUAAAAUCUACUAUUUGGCGGCCGGAGAAUAAGAAGAAAGAGUUGAGAAAAAAAAAAAAGUCUGCGAACUGGCCAUGGAAAUCUGGCACAAAGCCCAAAGCUUUGCCGAAGAAGCCACGAAGCGCUCUCAAGAGCUAGCCAAAGACGCCGCUCAACGAACCCAGGGGUUGACCAUCGGCACUUCAAAGCUCUACGACGUUGUUUCUGAGACUGCCAAGCGCUCCAAGGAGAUUGCCGCCGCGGCCUCCAAGCGAGCCGACCAGUUUCUCUCUGAAGCCCUCAAACGAGCCGAAGAUAUCAAGCAAUUGGCCUCUGUGAUCACCCCAUCUUCGGCGCAAGACCUCACGGAGCCUCCGGUGGGAACGAGUACAAGUACACUUGAAAAGGAUCUCCAAACGUUCGGAGUGACCGAGGAGUUGAGAGAGUUCGUCCAGGGUAUCACUUCCACCACGUUCCAGGAUUUCCCUCUUGAAGAUGAUACGCAACUGUAUGAUGUUCAUACAGUAACAAACAUUAGGCAAGAUCUCUCUGAGUGGCAAGCAAGACAUGCCAGUAUCGUUCUUCAAACUGUGAAGGAAAUUUCCCAAUUAAGAUAUGAGUUGUGUCCACGCAAUAUGAAAGAAAGAAAGUUCUGGAGGAUAUACUUUAUCCUAGUCAACAAUCAUGUUGCACCCUUUGAGAAGCGUUACCAAGAGGAUGUUAAAUUAAAAGCUAAAAAAGAAAAAUAUGACACUCAAGGGGAACCUUCAAAGGUUGAAAAUGUUACACUGAAAUCAACCAAACAAGAAAAAAAUGACACUCUUAAAGAGCCUGUGAAGGUUGAAGAUGUAAUACUGAAUCCAGCUGAACAAGAAAAUACAUUGAUGAAAACUUCAGAAGCAGAAGUUAAUGAUGCAAACCAGCUAAGUAAAGCGUCAACCUUAUUACAUACUGAUCAAGACUUGGAUAUGUUUCUCCUGGGAGAGAAUGGAGACAGUGAUGAUGGUCAAGAUGCUGAUGGCGCUGAUGGAGACUUUGAUGAUGAUUUUGACAAAAUUAUGGAUGGCUUGGUAAGAACAACUCUAUGAUUUUGUGUUGUUUGAUUAUCUUAUUUUUAGGUGUCAUAUAUAAUAUAUAUUUGUACGUGUGAUUGGAUGGAAGCUUAUCAUUUUUUACUAUUCUCAAUGUCACAUUGGCCUUCAAUGAAUUCACCGUGGAUUGCUGAAUUAGGAGUAGUGUUUAGUACUUUGGUAUUUGGAACUAACUAGGGCUGGAAGAGCAUAUCACAUCUUAUGUUUGCUGUUUGCUCCUCUAGCAAUAUUGUUGAAGUAAAACAUGAAUGUUUCCAUUUGAAGAAGUAUAUUGCUAAAGUAAAACAUUGAUUCAAUAUGAGUUUGCCUUGUGAUAUUACCCAGUUCAAGGUCUUGAAUUUCAUCACUCCAUGCAAGGUCUUGAAUUUCAAUAAAGUUUCAUGCUUGCAAAGUUAUUUAACUGCAUCUUCAACCUCAACGCAACUUCAUAUCCCAUGUUGAGCAUUUCAAGUUGCAUUGGUACAUACAUGGUUAUGUUUUAUGUAAAAAAAAUAAAAGAAAAAGGUUGUUAGCAAAGUGAUGAACACAUGAAUUUUGUAUAGGGUUUCUCUGUACAUCUUUAUUGCUUUAAAGUAAUUACGUUUUAUAGUUGAACUAAUACUAAUAUUACAUUCUUAACGAUUUGAACCUCAGGAUGAUAACUUAUAGGAAGACUGCAUAGAAGUUGUUGAAGCAAUAUUUGAAUUUGAAGAAAGUUUUAAACUACAAAAUCAAAGUUACACAUGGUUUACUUGCCUGUGAUGUUCAUAGUCCUUUUCCUUUUGUUACGUGUAUAUCUUAAGUAAUGUUUAUUUAACAUUUUUUUGUUGUAUCUUAACCUUUUUGUUUUAAUAGAAUUUUUUUGUAUUUCUUUAACAAAAA